CUGCAAUGUUUACAAACUUCUUGACGGAUUUCGGGACAACGCUUUCUGCCUCUGGAACACACUCUAGUCCACAGACACUUUUCCAUUUACACAUACUUUAUAAUCAAGAAACACUUUAUAAGAAGGAAAUACUCGCAGAGGAGGAGGCAUUCCGUAAUUCAGAGGCUCUACCCAACUCCGAGAUAUUUUCCUGAGGUUGAACAUAUUCUCUACUUCGGGGCACUUCCCAACGCUGUUGCACCAGCUAACAUGGACAGUGUGGGGAAUGAUGAAGCUGUCAUAGCUACUAAUGACGACGCAAGUUCUUGCAAGAGGUGUGCAGUGGCCAUGGGAUAUUGGCGAGACAGAUAUAUUAGCUAUUUUGUGAGAUCUACAGAUCGCAAGGCGCCGGAGAUUAAUCGUGGUUACUUUGCGCGAUGUGUGGCAAUCAAGCUGCUUGUUGAUAAAUUUGUUGAGGUAACUCAUGGCAACUGUCAGAUUGUGAAUAUUGGAGCAGGGUUUGAUACACUUUAUUGGAGACUGUAUGAUGAAGGAAAAAAUGUAAAGGGAUUUGUUGAACUUGAUUUCCCUGGAGUCACAUCACGGAAGUGCCUGUACAUUCAGAGAACGAAACCCCUACUGCAGGCCAUUACUGAAGAAGAUUAUGAUGUCAAGCUCAAUAGGAACAACCUUCAUGCGCACACCUACAAGCUGACCGGAGUCGACCUCAGAAACAUCACAGAGGUGGAAGCCAAGAUUAAGGAAUCAGACUUGGACUACUCACUCCCUACCCUCUUCUUGGCUGAGUGUGUCCUGGUGUAUAUGAACACCAGCAAGUCUUCACAGCUCUUACAGUGGAUUGCAGAAAAGUUUAAGUCUGCUUUCUUUAUAAAUUAUGAAAUGGUCAAUCUUGGUGACAGAUUUGGAGAAGUUAUGGUGAGCAACUUGCGAAGCCGAGGUUGUGACCUGGCAGGGGCUCAAGCAUGCCAGAGCACAGAAACACAGAGGCAAAGAUUUCUUGAAGUUGGAUGGGCUGGAGCAGACUCUUAUGACAUGAUCAACAUAUGGGCACGACUCCCUCCUGAGGAAAUAGCUCGUGUAAUGCAGAUUGAGUUGCUAGAUGAACAGGAACUUCUUCAGCAACUGUUCACACAUUAUGCCAUCACCACUGCCUGGACUGACCACCGAUGGUCAGACAUUCAGCUGUAGUUUUUACUAAUAAUUCACUAUUCCUAAAAGAUAUUAGGAAAAAAGCUGUUAUGGUAAAGGUGUAAUAUGUCAAUAAGGUAUCCAAAUAAGCAUAACCAGACUAGCUCUGAAUAUCCAUGCUAGUAACACCAAGAAGUGAUUUUAAUUACAAAGUAGCUAUGUAAUUACUAUUAAUAGAAGUUCUGAGUAAGGACCAGGUCUUUUCCCACAAAUAUUAUCAUGUCAUAAACCAAGCUUUAGACCUCUGAGGUUAGUCAGUAAUCAAAAAGAAAUCUGGGCAUUAUGGUGAUAAAAUUAGAUUUAAUAAGCUGAAUUGUUUUUGACAUUUAAUCCUGUUACUGCUCAACUGGACUGGCAAGAUGUGCAUAUAUAUAUACCCUUUGUUAUAAGAUGAGAAUAACUUUUAUUGUAUGAUUAGGUUCAUUACAGAUGAUUAGGAAAUACUAUCAUGUGAUUUCUAGACUGCUAGCAUAGGAUGUGAAAAAUUAUGAUUAAGUUCAAGGACUAUAUGCAUACCAGUUGAUGUGUUGAGUAGUAGAAUGGUUAUUGAAAACUCAACAGAAUAUCUUAUUCAGUUAGACUUCAAGAUAUACACUUCAUUUAAGCUGCAGCUCUUUCUCUGACAGAGUUUCAGUAUUAGUUGAAAAAUUAAUUAUUAGCAGCGAUAGCAACAAAUGUUCUUGUUACAUUAUUAUACAUAUAUUUAUUCACCAUAUAUAUUCUUUAUAUAUAUUUAUAUAAAAACACACACACCUAUAUACAUACAUACGUAUAUAUCUAUGAAGCUUUGGAAGGUAAACAGUUAGUCUUCCGCUGGUUCCUGUAUCCCUUGUAUAGAAAGAAAUGUCAUUGAACCCAUCCUUGUCAACUCAGAAGGGACGAUAUUUACUACUAGAUGAUGUGCUCAUUUUCUUUGUCUUUUGUUUUUGUUUUAUGUGGAUAAUGGAUGUUCCAAUAUGUAUUCCCUUUGGUGUUGUGUAAUGUUUGUUGCAGAAAUAUCACGUGUAUGUUGAAAUAGGGUAGUGUGACAAUAAUAUUUAAUGUUAAUGUAAAAUUUUAUAAACCGUUUCUUUUCUUCUUUUUAUGGAUUUCUAUUGUGUUGUGUGUGAGUCAAGGUCAUGAAAAUAUUUUUAUGUAAUUUUCCUAUAUGUUUAAAUAUAUUUGGCUAGUGAGUGUGUUUAUACAUUUGCAUAUAAGUGAAUGUUUAUACAAAUAGGACAGGCAGUCCAAUAACUAGACAGAAAAAAAUGAAAUAGUGAUUGAUUCUAAAAUGAAUAUUAAGAGAGGAAAACUGCACAUGCAAAUGUGUACAUACACACACACACGCACAUGCACACACACACACACACACACAUAUAGACACACACACACACACACACACACACACACACACACACACACACACACACACACACACACACACACACACACACACACACACACACACACACACACACACUCACACAUACUCACACACACACACACACUCACACACACUCACACACACACACACACACACUCACACACACUCACACACACUCACACACACACUCACACACACUCACACACACUCACACACACUCACACACACACACACACACACACACACACACACACACACACACACACACACACACACACACACACACACACACACAUACUCACACAUACUCACACACACACACACACACACACACACACACACACACACACACACACACACACACACACACACACACACACACACACACACACUCUCACACAUACUCACACUCACACACACUCACACACAUACUCACACUCACACACACUCACACACACUCACACACACUCACACACACUCACACACACUCACACACACUCACACACACUCACACACACUCACACACACACACACACACACUCACACACACACACACACACACACACACACACACACACACACACACACACACACACACACACACACACACACACACACACA